AUGGAGCUGGUAGCAAUCCUGCUCCUCUCCCUUAUGGGCUUGGUUGCGUCCUGCCCGCCGCCAUUCAACGACUUCAAAUACCUCAACACCACGCUACUCGGUGAGCUCCGCGAGCAGUACUUGUAUAACAAGACGAUCGCCAGGCGCUGGGUUAACGCUGUCACGCACCCGUAUACACCCCUCAAGCCGUGGCCAGCCGAUGAUGACGGGAUUACGCGGAUCAAGUACUGCUACCGGAGCAAAGAGGAGAAAGAGCAUCUAAAGCCAUGGUUUGACAAGGGUUGGGAGAUCUGGCACAAGAAGAUUGGCGACGCAAAUGCCGAGAAUGGACAUUCGCUUGCAACUCCGGUGGAGUACACGAAGGAUGGCACUCCGCUGUACUGCAACGAGCCAUUGCAUACCUGGAACCCACAGGUGCCCCACGAUGUGCUCGAGGUCCGAUGGGACGAAGACAAAGAUGGGAAUCGCGACACUUCAUUGGCUGGAGGUUCGGGUACUAUGGGGUAUUUUCCCGAUAGCUUUCGGAACAACGCAGGUCGCCACAGCUAUCACCUAAACAUCAAUCCGCCUCUGGAUUGGGACCCCACAGUCACGGUGGCCCAUGAGUUCGGGCAUAUAUUUGGCCUGGAGCAUGAGCAUCAGCGAGCAGAUCGUGAUCACUAUGUCCACUUCGAGUGCAAGAACUUGAGAGACUGGGAGUUCUUCAAGAAGAGGAUUGAAGACUAUCCUGGGUACGGCCCCCCUGAGGAUGUGUGUCGAGACUGGCACAAGUCCAUGAUGUACGGUUGGAGAUCGGCCCAGCAAUUCUCCACGGACAAUGCGUAUGACCGGGACGUUGACCCUAGCGGUGAGGACCCCUUUGAGAAGGAGGCAUCAACCGAAUACGAUUACAAGUCCAUCAUGCACUACCAUUCGCGGAGUUUUGCGAAGACAACGGCGGAUUUUGAAGAGUUCACACUGUACAAGUGGAAGAAUGGCGGCAAGGAAUACGAGCCUCCUUCAAAGCCGACAAGGGACAAUGCGGAAUUUCAAGCGCAAAAUGAGGAGCCCAGCGACUUGGAUUAUGAGGGAAUCAAGAAGAUGUAUCCAUGGCGUUCCUAG